ACUAUCGCCUGAGGGUUCAGGGUAUCCCCUAGUCGGGAGCUCCCGACUAGAAGCUCUUACUUGUUAAGCAUGUAAUUUGGUUUUGUUCUCGAAUUAUCCUUUGUGGUUCUUAUCGGCGCGUUGCACGUCUGGGCGCGCAAUGAAAUAGAAAAUUAAAUUUACAAAUUGCUUAACGGGCGCAUGUGCCAGGCAGGCAAGGAGUUAGACCUGGAAUCAUUCGCUGGCUGGCCUUCAGGACGUGAACAUGGCAAGUGUUGAGCGGGAGUUGGCGCAAUUUGUGGAGCAGUGCCGGAAGCAGCGGUUCAGCGAGACGGAAAUGCGCAGCAUAUGCCAGCCCCUGGCCUGGCAUGUGCGCCUAGGACAGUUGAGAUGGUGGACGCAGUGGCUCCUGCUGCCCGGACUGCUGGUUUAUCUGCUGUGGAGCUACUGCGACACGUGCGCCUGGACUGCCAGCGCCUUGGGCCGGCUGCUGCUCAUCCAGCUGUUGCCCUAUUGGAACUGGACGCCCUACUACAAUGCCAAGUGCCUGAUCGAGCGCGGGACAAUGGAGCAGCAAGUGAAGCCAAAAAUUCUGGGCAGGCACGAUACGCUCUGGGAGAACUGUGCGCUGUGCGAGCAGCUGGAGCGCAUUCCCAUUGCCUCGAAUGUCAGCUAUUCCCAGCUGGAGACGCAGCAUCUGGAGCGCGGCCUGCCCGUCAUAGUUACCGAUUGCCAGCUGCACUUGGAGCUGGAUGAGCUGCUGCUGCAGCUGCUGGAGAAGGCGCCAGAGCUGCUCGCCAGCGAGCCCUGCGAUGUCUCCAGCAAUUUGAUGCUGCGCCAGUUGUUCAACCUGGAUGCAGCCCUACAGAAGAUUCCUGCAACUGGCGCCUGGCAUCUGCAGUUCCGGAAUUGUGAGUCGAGUGCCGUGAAGGCGUCACGCCUCUAUGCUGGCAAACCCUACUAUUAUCCCCUGCAUCUGGAGCCCUACUACUCCAGCUGGCUGCUGAUGGCCCACCAGCUGCAGCGACCCCUCACCGAGAUCCAUGUGCGCGGCCUGAUCUUCGUGCAGCAGCUGAGCGGCCACUUCGAGUGGCGACUGCGUCCCAAGCAGCCCUGUGACGAGAACAUCUGCCCCAAUCUCAGCUUGCGCCUGAGCGCCGGCGAGGGAUUGGUCUACUCCACAGAUCUGUGGCGCCUCAGCUACGGCCUGCAGCAGCCCAACGUCAGCCACGCCUCGAUUGCCACAGUUUUCGAGGUCAACUGGCAGCUGUAGAGG